CCAUAAAGAGAGUCAAAUCCUAAUCCGAGUAGUAGAAGGGCAUUCAUAACGCCGUAAAAAGCAACGGAACGUUUCCUCAUCAAGGUGGCGGAGAAAAUAAUACAUACACGCUACUGUACGUACCAUGAGCCUUUCAUUUGACGCGGGAAUGAACACGAAAUUUGCCGUCUUUAAUCUCUGGAUUUCGAUAGCUUUGAGGUUUUAAACAAUGGCAGACGAGCAGCGCUUUGAAAUUUUUACUGGAUUUUCUGUUCCGCGUUAUUGCAUUUUCGAAGAAGAGGAAACAGAGGAGGAUACCGCGCAGGCGCAGCACUGAUCUUUUUCGGCUUUAACAUAUGGUCAAUCAACUGCUUUUUUGUGUGUCAUAGACUCAUAUGUGAUGGAGGACAAGAGACCAUCUUUUACCAGUUCUCCUGAGGAAGCUUCUAUAGCAGAUGGCAGCAGAACUUGUGACGAUAAUAUUGAUAAUGAAAAUCCUAGCAUGUCCCAAGAUCAGAGAUGCACAAAUUUGAAGAUCCCCUUCUACAAUGCGAAGGUCAAUGCAAUCAAAGGAGAGAAAGAAAGCAAGAAGAAUGUGAAAUUUAAUGAUCACAAUCGUAUGCACAAAGUACGAUUCUCAAAAUUGGCUGUUGAGAAAGACAUGUCAUCUUAUGUCAAAGUAGAAAGCCUAGCUUAUACGGGUAAAAGUGUUGGUGGGCACAAAGAAAGCUUAGAUUCUAAGAAGGCAAUUGAAAAAUCAGCUUCACAAGUUGCAUGUAAUGGCAAGAUGGGUAGGGGAUUAACAGGAAAAAAUCUUUCAAGCUGUUCUAACACCGUUGCUGCACUUCCCAAAAAUUCUUUAUUAAAACCAACUAGACAAGGAUGUCCUGAACUAGAAACAGCUCAAAGAGUUCGGCCUAUGAGGGUCAAGAGUUCUAUUGAGAUUCAAGAAGGGUUGAUAUCAAAGAUUCCAAAGUUAGUUUCUCAUACACUACAUAGAAAGAGUGCAGAAAAACAGGGGCAUUCAUCUGUCACUAGGGUUAACAUGAAAAGACCAAAAGAAUCACGUUUGGAAAAUGCUUUAUGUGCACUCCCACCAAAGUUGAAAACCUCAGAAGAGUUGGAGCAAAAAGAGCUCGAAAAUCUGCCAGCAUUCAGCGCUGGAGGAAUCAAUGGGAAGAGGUGUUGUAGUAAGGGGUCUAUGGGAAUAGUGCGCGUUGAAAAACACCAAGCCACAACACCAGUGUUAUUAGUAAAAUCAGAGCCUCAGUUUCCACUUCAACAGGCUACAAAACCUCAACCUUUUAAUCUUGCAACAGAGGAUCGGGGAAUAGAAAAAGAGAGAAAGUUUAUCUCACAAUUGCAAGAAAAUGAACGAAAGGAACAAAAGGCGCGGAUUCCAAAGGCCAAUCCACUUCCUUAUAGUACUGAUUCUCCAGUAAUCCCUCCAAAGCCACAAUCAAAAGAAUGUACCAAGCCAGAACCCUUCAAACUUGAGAGUGUAAUAAGACACGAAGAAGAACUUAAACGUAUAAUGGAGGAACAUAAAAGAUUCUUGAGAGAAGAAGCUGAAAUGAAGAACUUCCGAGCUAGGCCUAUUAUGAACAAUUUCACCAAAAAUGUUUGUAGGAAGGUAAGAAUGCCACUUACAGAGGUGCAGGAGUUCAACUUGCGUGUGGAUAGUCGUGCUAUUCAACGUGCAGAAUUUGAUAGAAGGAUAAAGGAGAAAGAAAUUUUUUAUAUGAGACUUAAAGCUGAGUCUGAAGCUGCAAUGAAGGCUGGACAAGCAAUUACAACAAUAGAUUGGAAACUCGCCUUGUUAUGUUUUGUAUGGGUUCUUAGGCACGUGAGGAGGAGGCUAUUAAAAACAUGCGGAAGGCUAUGGUUCCUCAUGUCAGACCAGUGCCUGACUUCAGCAAACCUUUUGUUCCACACAGAGCAUCAAAAGAACCUACACAGCCAAAAUCUCCAAAAUUUCAUGCUCUCCAUAAAGGCAAUAGGAGCCAAAAUCAAAUGAGGUAAAUCUAUCACCAUAGAGCGUCACUGUUGCUGUAAUAUUUUGGUCACACGAUCUCAAAUAGAGGAUUUGCUGCACCCUGAACUUUUCGCUUCAAUUCAGCAGAUUCCAUUCCAAGCAAAUUGAGGAUAUUGUGUGUGUUGAUCUACAAAGAAAUACAUGACAUUAUUUCAGCUGCCAUCUUUUAAGAGCAAACCAUUAAAGGUAAACUUGGAAAUAUAUUAUUAAAGGAAAGAGAUAUCCUUGCGCUUUGCCUUGGCCUAUUAUAAAAUAUAACCAACAUUUUGGGGUCAAGAUCUAUUUUGUAUAAUAAAGUUGUUUAAUCACUUAAUUUAUCUUUUAUAAUCUUGCAUCAACUUAAU